ACUGUAUAAUGUAUGUAAUGUUAUUCCUCACAGAAUAAAAUAAAUAAAAUUAGAGAGCCACCGUUACCUCCACCGCCACCGCCCUCCUCCGCCGCGUGCUCCGCCGCAUCUCCUCCGCUAUCCGCAACUGGAGAUCCUCCUCCCGCCGCCGCCGCUUCUCCUCCGUCAUCCGCCUCCAGAUCCUCCUCCCUCCGCCUCUCCUCCUCCUCCACGCGCAGCUCCUCCUCCCCGUUUCUCGCCCAGUACAUCCCAUCCGAGCUCUCUCUGCUGCCUAAACGACGUAGUUUCAGGCUUUCAGCUCCUCAACCUCGCGCUUUUCUCACUUCUCUUCACUCCAAGACAAAUAUUGAUAUAUAGUACUGAUAAUACAGCGAGCAAUUCAAGCGCGGAAGCUCUCGGUCUGACACAUUUCAUUGGAUAAAGCUAGACCUAUUUUUCAAGUAUCUAUGCAUAAAACUCGGUAAAAGUACGGAUUCGAAGAGGAAAUUCCAAAAUGUAGCUAGACUGUUAAAAAGCGGAGAAGAAAAACGGUUGUAAUUUAAGCAAUUUUUGAAUUUAUUAUUUUUUUUUUCUAGGAAUUUAGUGUAAUUUGAUGUGAUUUAUAGUAUGAAGAAUUUGAACUGGUUUAAGCAAAUUGUGGCGAGCAAUGGGAAGCUGGAGAGGCGGCUGUCGCUGGGAGAGUACAAGCGAGCAGCGUCGUGGUCCAAGUAUCUGGUCUCCCCCGGCGCGGCGAUAAAGGAGGAAGGCGGCGAGGAGUGGAGCGCCGACAUGUCGCAGCUCUACAUAGGGAAUAAGUUCGCGUCGGGGCGCCAUAGUAGGAUUUACAGAGGGAUUUAUAAGCAGAGAGAUGUGGCGAUUAAGCUCAUUAGCCAGCCUGAGGAGGAUGGGGACUUAGCGGCGUUUCUCGAGAAGCAGUUCACCUCUGAGGUGGCGUUGUUGCUUCGCCUCAAACACCCCAAUAUCAUCACUUUUAUUGCGGCAUGUAAGAAACCCCCCGUAUUUUGCAUAAUCACUGAGUAUCUACCUGGAGGCUCCCUGAGAAAGUACCUCCAUCAGCAGGAGCCAUACUCGGUCCCUCUCAACCUAGUGCUGAAAUUGGCCCUUGACAUUGCACGUGGAAUGCAGUAUCUCCAUGCUCAAGGGAUACUUCACAGAGAUCUCAAAUCGGAAAAUCUACUGCUUGAUGAAGAUAUGUGUGUAAAAGUGGCUGAUUUUGGGAUAUCGUGCUUAGAAUCCCAGUGUGGUAGUGCAAAGGGGUUCACCGGCACUUACCGUUGGAUGGCACCAGAAAUGAUCAAGGAAAAACACCACACGAAAAAAGUUGAUGUUUACAGUUUCGGCAUCGUUCUCUGGGAGCUAUUAACUGCAUUAACACCAUUUGACAACAUGACGCCCGAACAGGCAGCAUUUGCUGUCUGCCAAAAGAAUGCAAGACCACCGCUACCUUCUGAAUGUCCCAAGGCGUUCCAGAAACUCGUUAAUCGCUGCUGGGCAAGCAAUCCUCAAAAACGGCCACACUUUGAAACAAUCGUAACAAUUCUUGAAAGUUAUGCAGAGUCGCUCAAGCGCGAUCCAGACUUCUUUUCAUCGCAUGAACCCUCUAAGGAUGGAGUUCUGCCGCGAUGCUUACCUAAAUGUAUUGGCUGCUGAUGAUUGAUCUGCAUCUCUGAGGGGGCAGGAACCCUCUCAAAAUUGUGCUUAGCUUAUUAUUGUUAUAAUUUUUAUAAUUAUUAUUAUUUCUGCAUUUUUUUGUUAGGCAACCUAAAAUAUCAUCCGCAAUGGCAAGUGUCUCAUAUUUUCCCAUUCUGGUUUUAGGUUUCACCUUUGAUGUUUCAUUGUUGUUAAUGAGUGCACUUUCCGUUUGUUGAAUAUUUGGAAAUUAAGGCAAUUUCUAUAUAUGGUCUUGCUACUUUUUCUUUUUAA